CGGAGCGCGGCGGGCCCCGCUCCGCGGCGUGCGCCGGCAACCAUGAACUUUCUGCUCACUUGGAUCCACUGGGGGCUGGCGGCGCUGCUCUAUCUGCAGAGCGCGGAGUUGUCGAAGGCUGCUCCUGCCCUGGGGGAUGGGGAGCGGAAACCCAAUGAAGUUAUCAAAUUCCUGGAAGUCUACGAGCGCAGCUUCUGCAGGACAAUUGAGACCCUGGUGGACAUUUUCCAGGAGUACCCUGAUGAGGUGGAGUACAUAUUCAAGCCAUCCUGUGUGCCUCUGAUGAGAUGUGCAGGUUGCUGCGGCGAUGAGGGCCUAGAAUGUGUCCCUGUGGAUGUGUACAACGUCACGAUGGAGAUCAUGAGAAUUAAACCCCAUCAGAGUCAGCACAUAGCGCACAUGAGCUUCUUACAGCACAGUAAAUGUGACUGCAGACCAAAGAAAGAUGUCAAAAACAAACAAGAAAAGUGGGCACAGAAACCCAGAUCUGACGGUCCUUCCUUCAUACCCCAGACCUGGAGCUUGCAUGACCCAUGGCCAUGGCAGUCAUUCCUAAUGCUUUAUCCCGAGUCAGGGAAGUCCCGUCGCGUGUGUCCUACCAGAAUGGAUUCAAGAAAAUCAAAGCGAGGAAAGGGGAAGGGUCAAAAGAGAAAGCGCAAGAAAGGCCGGUACAAACCACCCAGCUUUCACUGUGAGCCUUGCUCAGAGAGGAGAAAGCACUUGUUUGUACAAGAUCCCCAGACCUGUAAAUGUUCCUGCAAAUUCACAGACUCACGUUGCAAGUCGAGGCAGCUUGAGUUAAACGAGCGCACUUGCAGAUGUGAAAAACCGAGACGGUGAGCAGCGGAAAAGAAGGGGGAACGGCCCUGUUUCUGGAGCCUGAUUUCUCGCCUGGACAGAAAAAAACAAAACAAAACACUAAUCCAAAUGAACCCUAAAAAUGAAGGAUCGGUAGAGCACAGCACUUUCAGUACGGACGAUGGACUCCGGAAGGAACAUUCCCCAAGGCACCCGCCGCACAGAAUUCACCUUUGGGUUUUGAACUGUUUUAUUUUAUUUUUCUUUUCAUGCUGCUAAAUAACAGAGCCAGGAAGACUAUAGGGGUGUAUUUGAUGGGUUUUCUCAUGCAUACAUAUAUAUGUGUGUAUACAUGCAUAUACAUAUAUAUAUAUGUAUAUAUAUUUUAACCACAUCUAUAUAUACAUAUAUGUAUAUCUUAACCACACACACACAUAUAUAUAUUAUAUAUAUAUACUGAUUAUUUUUUUUAACAUUGCUAAUGUUAUUGGUGUCUUCACUGGAUAAUACUCGACUGCUGUGGACACAAGCGGGCUACUUGGGGCAUAAGAAACAAGCUAAGACUGGACUUGAGUAGAAGCGCUGGGUGUAAACUUCUUAACUCUAACUGACUUGUGCGGCCUCCGCUGUUUCUCUGUAGAGUGUGCUGUACCACAAACCACCUUCUCCUUGCCUGCGACAGGGAGGAGAGGUGACGAGAGGAUGGGCAGGGAGUUCCAAAGAGCGGCAUCCUAGGGUGCGAUGGGUCAAAGGCCAAGGAAAUGGCCGUCUGCGUGAUCAAGGAUUCCUCCUCCCCUCUCUUCCCCCAACCUUCGCCUUUACUCGUCUCAUAACCUGCCUGCCUUGCUGGGACAUGGGAUGUCAGUGUACAUUUUGCGUUGACUUUAUUCGCUCUAGAAACUUUGCCAGAGAGACAUACUGGCUUCUCUUAAGGAUGGUGGGCAGCUGAUGCGCACUAACUUUCCAUCAAGGAAGUAUCACAGGAGUCUAGAUUUCCCGCCCUUGGUGGCUGCAAAAGGACACAAGGCCUACAGUGUGCUGAAGCAAGAAUGGGGACCGGUGCAUAGCCACACAGUUGUUCAGCACUGUCUGCUUUCUUCAUGCACAGAGCUGCCACUCAAGAGCAUCCAAGAUGCUUACGGAACAUUUCUGGAAAGGGAUAUUAAUCAAAAGUAUAUACAUCGUAGGGGUGUGUAUGUGUGUAUGUGAAUGUGUGCAUUUGUGUCUGUGUGUAUGUAUGUUUGUGUUUUUCUCUCUUUUUUAUAUAUAUAUAUUUAUUUUUAUACAUAUAUAUAUAUAAAAAAAUAAUAUAUAUGUAUGCCAAGAUUGACGGGGGAGGGGAGGAAAGCAACUUUUGCUGCCUUCAGUUUGCGUGCCCAGUGUGAAUGACCCUUAAGAACGUCAAGACUUUUUUUUAAUGAUGUACUGUAAAUAUCAGGCCCCUUUUCCACAUCUUGGGCUGGGGAAUCAAAUGUGAAGGCAGCCGGAAUCCCUAAGCAGUGUCUGAGAAUCUUGGCUAUGUGUGUAUCUGCAAUAUACGCUGUGGUGUAUGUGAAACCCACCUUACACAUGCGCGCACACACACAUACCCCUGAAAGCGUGUUUGUACAUCUAUGUGGAUAUAUAUAAUCUAGUUCUGUGAUUAAAAUUAUUAUUAAUAAUAAUAAUAAUCAAAAAGGUACUCGGUCUGUGUCAGAAUGCUGCCAAACAUCAUCUGCAAUUGAAUUUUCAACGCCUGAUAAUGUACAACACGGAAAGCUUCCAAAAAGACAAGACAGUCUAAAAACAGACUCACAACAAGCGACUACUAACCACUAGGAACUCCCCAUCCGACUGAUGGCUUUCAGAAGGAGAAAAAACACACGGGUGGGUGCUUGCAUCUGCAAUGUAUAAUACUCAUGCUGCAUCGUGCGCAAGACAGAGGCUUCCGAUGGGGGGGAGGGAAGAGAAAGUGUUUUAUAUACUUAUUUAAUAUCCCUUUUUAAAUUAGAAAUUAAACAGAUAAUUUAAUUAAAGAGUAGGGAUUUUUCAGUAUUCUUUGUUAAUAUUUAAUUUCAACUAUUUAUAAGCCGUACCUCCUUUUUUUUUUUUUUAUUUGUACUGGUUGUGUAUAAAUUUAACCUUCCUGUUGUCCCGUCCCAUCUCUCCCCAAUUGUUGGCAGAGUCAGUAGCAUGUUAUGGGCAGUUAUUUAAUUAAUUUCUCUAACACCUACCCCUACACAUUCCUAUUGAGACAAGGGUUAGAUAUACAUCUACAUACUAUAUAUAUAUUUGGCUAUGUGUUUGUAUAUAUAUAUAUAUGUUUAUGUAUAUGUGUGAUUCGGAUUAAAUAGACGCUACGAUUUUUUUAUAUAUGUAAAAAGAAGAAACAGGAAAAAUAGAAAAUUCUACAUCUUGAAUCUCUCUCCUUUUUAAUUUUAAUAUUUGUUAUCAUUUUAUUUAUUGGUGCUACUGUUUAUCUGUAAUAAUUGCGGGGAAAAAAGAUAUUAACACUACAUAUUGUGUCUAGUGAAUUUUUUCAAGAUAUUCCUUAGUACAUAUUUAUUUUUAAACAAAGAAAUUACAGAUAUAUCUUAAAAAAACGACGACGACGACGACAAACAAACUUUUUUUUGUAUUAAAGAAUUUAAUUCUGACCUUGA